AUGAAAUGUUUUAUGAUUCUGAAUGUCAAAGGGAUGGCAAAAAUUAAUGAUAAUAUAAAGGCAGUGAUUCCUAAAAUAAUAUCAAAAGAUGUUCAAUUAUUAUUCGUCCUGGACGAAAGCACGUUGAGUGACCACAACUAUAUCGAGUUUACAGUAAAACACCAAGCAGUCGAGGAUUCUCCGCCGACCAUCUACAGAACAAAUAUAGGAGAAUUAGAAAAAGCCAUAGAGGAAGGGCGCUUCGGCGUACCGGAAAUUAACAACAUGAACGCCAACAAAAGUUCAGAGGCAAUAGUACAAGCAAUCCAUGAAAAAUGCACGACUAUGAUAGACCCACGGGCAAAACGCCGGAGAUCAGUGCACUGGUGGACUCACGAGAUCGCGGGCCUACGCAAGGAUGCCAACCACGCUAGGAGAGUAUACUAG